AUGGCAACCUAUUUUACUGAAAUGUCAAAAACCUACGGUCAAACUAAACGUCAACAAACAACUACUUCAAAAUGUUUUAUUAACAACAGUUUCUAAACAGUAACUAAAAUUAUAGUAAAAUUAAUAAGAUAUUUCAUAAUUUAAGCAAGAAAUAUCAUACCUUCCCCUAAGUACAUAUUCGUCAAAAAUGAGUGCUUUCCUACCUUUUCAAGUAGUCGCACUGUUAUUUAAGCUCUGUUGGGUCAUAGUUCCCGUCCUCCUUUUUCUGUGCCUCGCGGGCACCUACAUAUUAUGGCAGAUGAAUGGUUACGAGGAAAGAAUACAAGAUAAAGUGAACGAUAUCGUCACCGCCUUCCUCAUGUACUAACGUCAGCUGUUCUCAUGGCAACGGGUUUGUUAUGGCAACAACGCUCGAUCAAACGAUGGCUACAGACGAGGAAAAAUCGAAGUUGGCCAAACUUCUUCAAGGAUUGGAAGUGCCAGAAGUGAAAUUAACCGAGAAGUGUCGAGAUAUAGUGAAUUUGUUCCAUGAAAAGUUUGAUAAGGAGGUCGAGGAGGAAGAGAUGAGAGAUCGGGUUGCCAGAGAGACGGAAAUAUUUGACGAGAAUCCAUAUAAGGUUGACAAAGCGUUGCUGGAAGAAAAUGAGAGAAAACUGCGUGAGUUGCUUGCUAUGGGAAAACAAGCCAAAAAGGAGUUUAAAGAAAACGUCCUUUCUGGAGCCGAUCCCAAGCGACCAUGGCGUACCCAUACCAGCAAAGAAAAGUUACUCCGCAUCGACAACGAACUCAAGCGCCAUCAUGAAGUGGGCUCCUUAGCCAUAGCACCCAUGGCUGACGGUGACAUGAGGGACCUCGUCAAAGAGUGCCAGGAAGAAACCCAACUUUCUGCUAAGAUCUCAGCCGAAAGACUUAGAGAUACAGUCGAUUCGGCAAAGAGAAAUCUACCCAAUUUCCAAUACAGGAAGAUUGAUAAUGGCACAGCUACUGCUAUUUUACCAGAGGCACAUGAACCUCCUUCAACUCAAGAUGUAACUAUUCUGAAAAAUUAAGUUGUUUGGAUGAUUAUACAACAUUUGGAAUAUUUAGGUUUAUGAACUUGUGCCUGCAUGAAUCUUCCACUUACUAGCUUCUAAUUAUAAAAAUACAGGCCAUAUUGUGAUGAACUUUUGAAUCCAAAAAGAUUACUUUUAAUAUAAACACAUUGACAAGUAA